AUGGCGUCAGCAAGCACCAUCUCUUUGGGGGACCCACCACCGGGUGACCCACCAGAAAGUAUAAGUAGAAACGGCAACGAACGAACGAUGCCAGAGUGGAUGGACCACCUUGGCACGCAUGGCCAGAGAAUAGUACUACAACUACGUGCGGCAGGAGAGGGGUCCUUGCCAAAGAACCCUUUUAUCGUUGGAAAAUCCAUCGAAACCACAUGCGGAGGAAAAAUCGAGUCUGCUCAUACAGAGGAAAGAGGCAGUAAGUACGUCCUAAAAACCAGAAGCGUCGAGCAAGCGAGAAAAUUAAUGCGGAUGAAUAAAUUGAUGGAUGGAACAGAAGUAGUGGUCGACCCUCAUCCAACCUUGAAUAGAGCCCGAUGCGUGGUGAGCUGCAGAGAUGCAAUUGACGUACCAACAGACGUAUUGACACAGGAACUCAAGUCACUAGGGGUAGUGGACGUUCGACGAAUCACGAGAAAGGUGGAAAAUAACAGAGUGAAUACACCCACCUUGAUUCUCACGUUUCAUGGAACCACGUUUCCCAAGCAUAUAUAUUUUGGACCGCUUCGAGUAGAAACACGAGAAUUAAUCCCAAAUCCGAUGAUUUGCUUCAACUGCUGCAGCUAUGGUCACACAAAAGACAAAUGUCCCAAUGCCGCUGUGUGCCAAAACUGUUCAGGGCCUCACAAACUUGAACAGGGCGCAUGCAAGAAUACGUCACACUGCAAAAAUUGUCAAGACAGCCACUCCCCUACCAGUAGAAAGUGUCCAAUGUACAUAAAGGAAGAGAGAAUCAUCAAGUUGAAGGUCGAGAAAGGAAUAUCGUUCGGCGAAGCUAGAAAGGAAUACUCUAAACAGUAUGGACAGCAAUCAUACGCAGCAGUUUGUGGUGCACAGGAUAGAUUGGACAAUAUACGAAAGAACGACGAAAUAAGACUCCUGAGAGAAGAAGUGCUAAAGCUCCGGGAAUCGACAAAGGAAACAGAAAAGGACACAGAAAUACAAAAACUGCGCAACGAACUGACCCAGAUGAAAACCCUGAUGAGCGAAUUCAACAAGAUGAAAGAAGAACUCGAAAAGUUGAAGAACAUGAAAAACGUGGAACAUCCCGAAAUAUCAGCAGAUGAACAGGACCAGACCAUGUCCGAUGCAAGCGACUACAAGGAAGAUAAAGCAGAAAAGAAUGCGAAAUCGAAAGCAUCAGGCUCCAAGCGAAAAAUUUAUGGAACGGACAGUGAAACAGACCCCCGUGGAAGUGCUGACGAGAAAUCGAUGGGAGCAAUCCCUAAACCUGGAAACUCGGUCCCGAUCAAAAAGGGAAGAGGUAGACCACGCAAGCACUGA